AUGGCGACCACGCCAGGCACGCCGCCAUACCCCCCUCCGCCAGGCACGCCGCCAUGCCCCCCUCCGCCGUGCUCCGACGAUGACGAGCACCGCAGCCGGUCGCCGCGCAGGCGCGAGGGGGCCAGCGCGGAGCAGGCGAACAGCGCCGCGCGUCUCCCAGACAGCUCGAUGCGGGCGGCGCUGGACGAAGCGACGAAGGCCUUGACGCAGGCCAUGCAGACCAGCGGGCAACUGACGGACGCAAUUGUGCCAGCCCUGAUCACCAACAGAGAGCUGGCGAAGGCCCUUGUGACAGCCCUGAUGAGCACCCUGGUGACAAGCAACAGCGACCUGUUCAAGACCGUGCGCGAGCUGACGGCCCGAGUCGAGACGCUCGAGGGGAAAGUCAAAUUGAUCGAGGCCCACAGCCCGAAGGACGACGAUAAGGACAACGACGAGGGCGGUGACGCGGGCUCCAAGGGCGGCAAGGGCGGCGGCGCGCCGAAUCACGACAGCUCCAAUGCGGGCGACGACUCCAAGGGCGGCGAGGGCGAUGGCGCGCCGAAUGACGACAGCUCCAAGACGGGCGACAACUCCAAGGGGGGCGACGACUCGAAGGGCAACGACGCCGACAGCCUCAUGCCAUACGAUGGUCCCAGGCAGCACGUCAUCCACUACGAUUGCGGGUUCAGCGACUUGGACGUCCUCCUCCAGGUGGCCCUGCAGUUAAAGAACGGCCCCUGCGACGAGCUGGGCCACAACGGCUUGAGCGGCAAGGGCGACUACAGCUCGGACAGCACGGGCGGCUCGGGCGAGGGCGAGGAGCUCAUCAGCGACAUCUUCGAGCGCGUGGCGAAGAAGGAGAAGGAGGCUAAGACUACCUGGGCGACGUGCUCGCACUGCGGGCUCAACCAGGUCGCUGGCUCGCGCGGCGGCAACUGUGUCAUGUGCAACUGGCCCGUGCUCUACAACUGA